AUGUCAAACUUCACCGGAAUCACCGCAACAAUGAAUCCAUUGGCAGAAAUGGCACAAUUCAAGCAAAACAUGAGAGUAAGAACCUUUUUUUUUUAAAUUUCCACCAAAAAAAUCCGUUUUUCCCCCAGGAAGUCGCUGCUUCGCCAGAAUGGAGAACAUCGAAAUUGAUUGAGCGUCAAAGAUGGAAUCCAUAUUCGAUGGAGGGUGGUUCGACGGCCGCGAUUUCUGGCGAUAAUUUUGCGAUUGUUGCGUCAGACACUAGAAUGACGCAGAAUGAUAUUAAUAUUUUGACACGUGACGCCGAAAAGAUUCAUGUUUUGUAAGAAAUUUAGUUUUUUUUUGUUUCAAAACGAUAUCUUCUAUGCUCUAGGAACGAUUCAAUCAUUUUGUCAACCUCUGGCUUCUACGGUGACGUCAUUCAACUCCGAAAAGUUCUCCAAUCCCGCCUUCACAAAUACCGCUUCGAUUAUCGCGCUGAUAUGUCAGCUGAUCUAUGUGCCGAACUUUUGUCGCGAAACCUCUACUAUCGUCGCUUCUUCCCAUAUUACACCGGAGCAAUGUUGGCCGGAAUUGAUGAAAAUGGAAAAGGAGCGGUUUUCAGUUAUGAUCCGAUUGGUUGUAUCGAAAGAUUGGGUUAUUCUGCAAGUGGAGCUGCUGAGCCAAUGAUUAUUCCGUUUUUGGAUUGUCAAAUUGGACAUGUUACCGUGGCUGAGGAUUAUGAAAAACCUCCAUUGACUAUUGAAAGAGCUAUCUCUUUGAUGAAGGUGAAAAUUCGCUUUUUUGAACUUUUCGCGCCAAAAAGUAGCCCAUUAGUCUUCCUUUACUCUCCUGUCUCUUUAUCUCUCGGUUUUUUAUAUCAUUUCCCUGCUGCGUUUCCUCACCGCCGCCCCUUUAGUCUACCCGGUUAAGCUUGCGUUUACCGCCCAAAGGGUCACUGGUUCAAUUCCCCAGCUAUGAUUGAAGAUUUUUGUGCAAUGGCCGAGGUUUUUGGAGAGUAUCGUAGCCUGAGAAGGCUGUAACCCAACGGUACCAAUCACCAGAAGAUGGAUGAUUUGUGCAAUGUCUGAGCUGUUUUUUUUGUUUUGAAAAUAAAAAUGGGCAUUUUCAAUAGAAGUUUCACCUUUAAAAAAUUAAAAAUCGUUUUUUAGGAUGCUUUCCGUGGCGCAGCCGAGCGUGAAAUCUCAACCGGAGACAAAAUCCAUUUGGUGAUCGCUGAAGCCGGAAAACCGAUUGUUCAGAAAUUUUUGCCACUUCGCGAAGAUUAA